AAAUUGAGAGCCACAACAGUAGAGUCGCGGAAUUAAAUUGCACCAAAAAAGCACGUGAAACAUUUAGCCAAAUUAAUACACAGCUGAAUAUGGACUAAUACCGGUCUUAGUCUUACCAUUGCAUUUAGUUUCUUCAUAUACUUAAUUUGAUAGACUAGUGUGGUAAUUCUUAGAGACCUUUCAGCGUCUUAAACAAGUGAUUUUUAAAAAUCAAUAUUUAAUAGAACGGGGUUAAAAUUGAAGACUAGCUGACUUUUUGGAAAUAUCCAGUCUCCAAUUAUUUGACCUCACUCCAGCCAUAGAACACACACAAGAAUGGUGGCCAAAAGUGGCAGUAGCAUGAGUGAUAAGACAAAGAAAGUGGAGGUGCCCUUCAAGAUGACUCAUAUAGAGGAAAACCUCAGUUGGAAGGUGUGGAGUGAGCAGCUGGCUAGACAGUACAGCCAGGUGGACAUGUGGAUCAUUGGGGACCUGUCUGGCAAAAUAUGGGCACAGAGCAUUAGACAACAGAACCCACUAACACAACCAGAGGAUACUGAAGCAGGAGAAGCAUCGGAAGUUACAAUUCCAAUCGGAGCUGUGGAGGAGAGUGAGACCCAGAAGAGCAUCAACGGAGUCAAGAACCAAUCCCUUAUCCGCAGCACGGGAAUCACCCUAGGCGGCGAAUACCUCGGUUUCGUACAGGGCAACAAUACCAAUAUGGCUACGUUUCGAUCGGACAAAGCAUGCGCGGGAGUGACUCUUCUCAGGAACAACUUCAUCAUCGCCAUCUCUUUCUCUUCAGAGUCUUUCCCGCCCAAGUUCUACCAGCAGGUCAAACAGGCCGCAGACUCAGUCAAACUCCUCUGGUACUAACUAGCCCUUGCAGGAUUCCAACCGAAUGAAAAAAUAAUUUACGGGAAUACUAAAUGAGAGCAUUACUAUCGAGUACAAAAAACAUGUUUAUAGAUCAAAGUUCAGGUUAUUUGCCCACGAAAUAACAAUUACUAAAAAGUUGCCCUUGACCCCAUGAUUAUAAAAGCUUUCGCAAUCAAGCUUCAAAGGAUGCUCUAAUCAGUCUGAACCCAAUGCCAGAUGCUUUCCUCUUGAUUUUAUUGUUGAUAAAUCAAUUUAUUUUAAUAACCAGGCAAUAAAAUCUUAGUUUCAACA